AUGCUCAGAUUGAAGUACAUGAUCCAGUUCGCCAACUCGCAUAAUGUUACAUGGGAUUACACACCCAUCGGUUAUUGGUCCACGUUGGAGGUCCACGUUGGUAUCAUCAUCGCUUGCCUUCCGGCAGUGCGCUCGCUUCAGCGUCGCAUAUUCCCGAGCUCCCGAUCGCCCAACAGCUACUAUCCUGGACCAUCUGGCGGAUACGGAUAUAACUCCAAAGGCGGCAGUCCGUUCCCUUCAAUAUCCAAGUCCAAAGGCGGACACGUAGAUGUUAUGACUGCGGCUUCCCAAGCGAGCAUGUUGCGCAGUCGUGAUCGCUCGAAAAGCGAGAGAGAAUUCAUCCAGCUAGAGGAGUAUGAGUUCCAUCCUGGCGAAAAACCAGGUUCGUUCGAGAAAGGGGAUGCUUACAAUCCCGCUGGCUUGAAUGCUACACAAGUCGAACGAGGAUCGAUACACACUGACGACGGCGCGGUACUGCUGCCCAUCCAAAGCACGCACGGUCUUUCUCCGCCUAGAGCAACAUAUCAAAAUAACGGAAGGAACUUCAGUCCACCUUUACCUCAGGUCAUCACUGUACGGAAAGACUAUAGUGUCACGGUUGAGGUUACCCCAGACCAGUUCAGCUCUAGCCCACCAAGGGAGAGCGAGGAUAUGGGAAUGAGAGUUAGAAGCGGGAGCCAAGCUCCACUGACAGCGCUGCCGAGCAUGGAGAGGAGGAAUUCAAGUCGGAACAGGUUUGGUUGA